UUCAGAAUAUUGUGGGUGUGUGGAAACCCCGCCUCUUUUUUUCUGCACUUCGCACCAUCUGACUGGCUAAAUGGUUGUCCCCCAAACCAAAAAGGCUACCAGACAAUCUAAGGAAAUUGUCUCUGACUAGGUCAUGUUCGCAUUUGAAGAAUUCAGUGAACAGAGUAUCUGCCAAGCCCGGGCUUCCGUGAUGGUCUACGAUGACACCAGUAAGAAGUGGGUGCCAAUCAAACCUGGCCAGCAGGGGUUCAGCCGGAUUAACAUCUACCACAACACCGCCAGCAACACCUUCAGAGUCGUCGGAGUCAAGCUUCAGGACCAGCAGGUUGUGAUCAAUUAUUCAAUCGUGAAAGGGCUGAAGUACAAUCAGGCAACACCGACCUUCCACCAGUGGCGAGAUGCCCGCCAGGUGUACGGCUUAAACUUCGCGAGUAAGGAAGAGGCGACCACGUUCUCCAACGCCAUGCUGUUUGCCUUGAACAUCAUGAAUUCCCAGGAGGGAGGUCCCUCCACCCAGCGUCAGGUGCAGAAUGGCCCUUCUCCUGAUGAGAUGGACAUCCAGAGAAGACAAGUGAUGGAGCAGCAGCAGCACCAGCAGCAGCGCCAGGAGUCUCUGGAGAGAAGAACCUCGGCUACAGACACUCUGAAGGAAACAGCCCUGCAACCCCCAGUUACCUGCCACAGCCCCCAGAGGCUGAGGGUCAGUGAGCAGCAUCUCAGGGACCGACGUCUGCCGACGCCUAGGAGGGCGCCGCAUAUGGGCAGGAACGGAAGAGGAGGUCGCAGCGGUCUUCCUGUCCCGCCAGAAGCCCGUGGUUGGGGCGGAAGAGAGGCAGCUGAGCGCGAGGGAUGUCUGCCCAGCGCCCCCCUCUCGUGUGGCGGGCCCCCGCCCCCACCCCCGCCCCCUGUCCCACCUCCACCCACGGGGGCCACACCGCCUCCCCCACCCCCACUGCCAGCUGGAGGCGCCCAGGGCAGCCACGACGAGAGCUCCGUGUCAGGGCUGGCCGCUGCCCUGGCCGGGGCCAAGCUGAGAAGAGUCCAGCGGCCGGAAGACGCCUCUGGAGGCUCCAGUCCCAGCGGGACCUCCAAGUCGGAUGCCAACAGGGCGAGCAGUGGGGGCGGAGGAGGAGGCCUCAUGGAAGAGAUGAACAAACUGCUGGCCAAGAGGAGAAAAGCAGCCUCCCAGACAGACAAGCCGGCUGAGAAAAAGGAAGACGAAAGCCAAACGGAAGAGCCGAGCACCUCUCCAUCGCCAGGGACCCGAGCAGCCAGCCAGCCACCCAACUCCUCAGAGGCUGGCCGGAAGCCCUGGGAGCGGAGCAACUCGGUGGAGAAACCCGUGUCCUCGCUGCUGUCCAGAACCCCGUCUGUGGCAAAGAGCCCCGAAGCUAAGAGCCCCCUUCAGUCGCAGCCUCACUCUAGGAUGAAGCCGGCAGGAAGUGUAAACGACGUGGCCCUGGACGCCUUCGAUUUGGACCGGAUGAAACAGGAGAUCCUGGAGGAGGUGGUCCGGGAGCUCCACAAGGUGAAGGAGGAGAUCAUCGACGCCAUCAGGCAGGAGCUGAGUGGGAUCAGCACCUCGUAGUGCGCUCGGCCCCGCCACCCAGGAUGCAGUCCUCCGGACACCGGGACAGCGAGGGGCCCCGCCGGCCCGGGCCUCAGCACACGCGACACGCGCCGAGGCCAGGACGUGCUUCAUUUAAAGUCUUAACCUGUGAUAAAAUAUUAAAAUGAGGAAAAAGGUCAAGUCCCGGAUUUUUUUAGACCCUACCUGACACAGAACGCCAGGUCCGCUCGCCUUUUUUGUAUUUUAUAUUUGCCUAUUUAAGUGUACGUUUCCUUCGGUUUAUAGAGAAGACGCCCCAGGUCACGCGCUUCCUUAGGUGGUUCCUCCCGGUGACGCUGGCCCGCCGUGGCUGGCGGUGGCGUGUCCAUGCGCAGCCCCUCCCCAGCGUCCUGGCGUGGCGGUCGUCCACGCCCCGCACCGUCUGUGUCCACGUGGUAAUAAACGCUUACUGUCCACA